AUGGUGCUCGCAGUUGAAGAUGCGGCCGAAGAUCGAAACCCGGGUUCCUUCUCUGAUAUGAGACUUGGCGGUCGGUUGAACAAACCUUUGCCAGCGAAUAUCCCUGCCAUCAUGGAGCACCUCUCCCGAGGAAUCGGACUGGUUCCUGACUUUGAUUAUUUCAUGAAGAACAUCUUCAUCGCGGCAAACGCAUAUGGCCUGGAUACUAGAAAGCGCCGGAAAUUGCGGCGGCGAAAUGAUCCGUUUUGCUCGUUCGCAUUUGAUAGUGUCUUGCCCGACGACUAUAACCAUGGCACGUUCUACGACAUCGUUUAUGUGAAACACGAGCAAAUGCGAAACAAGAGCGACCGGCGGGAAAAAGACAACCCCAAUCGCGAAAGCGCUGAAAUCGAAGAGCUCAUUGUGGCAAUGGCUCACUUAAGAUGCGCCGGAAGUGAAGGACUAGACAUCCGAGAAUUCCAGGCACCCGUCGACGAUGGCAUCGCACGGAUCAACCCAGAAGAACCAGGAAAAGCUGGCUUCCAAACCGCCCUCAGCAUCCUCAAAGUCUUCAACACGACCGACGGGGGCAAACCGUAUGCAGACAGUGCAAACCGAGUGCUCAAACAUAGGGGGAUGGCCGAGGCAUUCGAUGUGAAGUUUAGCCAGCAGGAUGACGUCCUAGGUACCAUGUCGACAACGAUGUUGUCUCCCGGAUCUCAGGGUGCUCACUCGCAGCCUACUCACCCGCAGACUCCGCAGCAUCCAAAGGUUGCUUCCGUUCUAGACAUGGAGCUUGAGUCGCGGGCUCCGAGAACAGAGGGCUCAAGCAAACGCAUGGUCGUUAGAGAUGAGAGACCUACACUAGACUGUGGAAAUGCCAUCAAAUCCUCCACCAAGAGAGGACUUCUUCAGCAUCUCAAGGAAACCCAUUCACCCAUACCUCUGAACUUGCACUAUGACCGGGCGAGCAGUGUCAACUCGGAGGACGUGCUCAAAGAUACUCGAAACGAUACAGAUGAGACACCUAAAGAAGCCGACGAAUAUCGCCUGCCAAAAGAGUUGAGCCGAAUUGAUGGCGAGGAAGAAGAAAACGAAGAAGAAGGAGAAGGAGAAGUUGCUCCAGAAGAUGCCAGAAACGAGCCUAGAGUACCAGGCAGCAAAGACGACAUCGCAUCUUCUCAUAGUAGGGGUCCAUGCGACUCACGUCCGACAGCUCUGUCUUCUAGCAACCCAAAAGAGACCUGCGAUGCCUUGGAGAUAUCGGUCCAAGAUCUCGAAGGAAAAAAGUAUCGUGUCCAUAAGCAUGUUUCGGUGGCUCAGAAGUCGGACUUAAGCAACAUCGUGUAUGCAGAACACAGCUCAGCCGGCUGGUUGUGGAGGGUGCCUCAGUGCGGAGCGGUAUUCGAGUACGAAUUCGCCAUCGACCUACAUCUCGAAGCACACGGUGGCCCAGAGCUCAAGUGGUACUGUGGUGAUGUAAGUUGCCACGUGGACUCUGGAGAAUUCCGCGACUACAAAGAUUGGGAGGGCCACAUGGCUGUCGAGCAUAUGGAUUCGACUUACAGCCGUGCGGCUGGACGCUGCGUUGGGCCCAUGGAUCCUUUGUAUUCCAUGCUUCGGACGCAAUUGAACAUCAAAGAGGUUGCAGAACAUGACUUUAAUUGCUCCUCCCAGAUUGAUGCUUCUGACAAUCUUGUCGAGAUGCAGCAUAUUGAGCAAGAAGAAGAUACUUCUCGGGAUCCAAACUCCUGCGAAACUCCAGAGACAGAGAUCGCUGAUGGAAGCUCCAAAAUGUUCUACAUCUGUCCGUGGCCCGGCUGUGCUUACCGAAUCAAGGCGUCACGAUAUACCAAAAGACAUGUGGCUGUGCAUGUCCUGACAGUGCAUCUAGGAUGUGUGUGGCAAUGCCACGAGCAGGAGUGCUCAUAUGUGGGCUUUGUAACGCUGCGCCAGCUUGAACGUCAUAGAUUAUACUGCCACGUUGGCAGUCCGCUCCAGUGUGGUCACAAUGACUGCAGCCAAGUUUUCCCGAACAUGACUUAUCCCAGCAGAGGACAUCUGACCUAUGAUGCUCUUCAAAAACAUUAUGAGUAUCACUUGAAUUCGACGAGAGCUGACUCUGCCAACGCACAUGAUUCGGACGUAGAUCCGAACGGUUCUACUGUUGCUUCUACCGCGGAGCUACAGCGUCCCAGCGAUGCCGAGUACAAGCAAGCAUACCGAGGGGGUUCUUCAAAGUACUUCACACCAGAGCGACGUCAAAACCGCCUCGAAGCAAAUCUCAAAUUCUACCAGCUGAAAUUGUCAAAUAUCAAGGCUGAUGGCGCAAAGACCUGUGCAGGCUUCUGGUUAAAAGGGCAUCACUUUGAAUGUGCGGAUCAAGUCAGCCUGGGACUCGAGACAACAAUGAUCGUCUUCGUGCCCUCGGCUGGACUGUUCACAGUGGUGGCCCACCUGCGAUUACUGUGUCCACGUCAUGUCUCUGAUCUCGCGGCCUCUUGCACGGUUGCCGGAUCCGUUCAAUUUUGGCCCGAAGACUUUCACCACUGGACGUAA